CCGACAGGAAGAUGCUGCUCUGCCUGCUGGCCGUCAUCUUCGCCAGCCCCUUCGAUAGCACUGCUGCGGCCGAGUUCGAGGACCACUUCAAGGACUGCCGUAUGGGUGCAUCGAACUUUGACAGCUGCAUCCGCGAAGCACUUAACGCCGUCCGGCCGUACUUUAAGACGGGCCUGCCCAAGUACAACGUGGAGCCGUUCGAUCCAUUCUACGCCAAAGAAAUUUCGACUCGUCGCGGACUGCCGAUGUUGGGCUUCACCAUCACUUUAAGGAACGUGACGGAGAGUGGAUGGUCGUCCAGCAAAGUGACCAAGUUCGUUAGCGACUUGAAGAAUCACAAGGUGGUCUACACGCAGAGCUUCCCCGAGAAGUUUUUGUCGGGCGAGUACGAGUUCAACGGCAACCUCAUCACGGGCAGGAUGAAUAACAAAGGCAAAUUCACCUUGGCACUCUAUGACCUUGUUCAAACGACAACGAUUACAAUGCCACCAGGAGAGAAACUGAAAGUCCGAGUGGAAGUACAAACCAUCCGGGAUUUGAAAUUGCACAUUUCAAAUUUGCUGUAUGGCCGCGAGGUACUAGAAGGCAUCCUAGAUCGUAUAAUCAAUGGCGUCUGGCAACCAGGCUUCACCGUGACCAAGCCCAUGAUCAACGACCUCGUUUCCACUGCUUUUACCGAGAUCUUCGGCAAGGCCUUUCAAAAUUUUCCUUUUGACCGAGUCAUUAAGACCAAGUCGAGCAACGCCUUAUGAUGUGGUUUGCGAGCGUUUACGUGUUGCUUGUGUGUGUUAAGCGAGCGCGGAAAUAUUCUGUCGAUUAACCGCUCAAUCGGAAAACAAGAUAAUUCGGGCAAGAGUCCGACUUUUUGAAAUUUCCGCUGCUUGAUUUAUGGUGUCGCGUAUGAGCGAACGAAAUUGUUGCUAUUCACCUUGAAAAAGUUUAUUUUGUCUACUACGUAGGGAUUCUAAUCUAAUCACAAUGUGCUCUUCGUCACUUGUCAUUAAUACUCAACUCGCCAUAUACUUUUA